AAAGAAAUAGCAACCUUUCAAGUGACACCAAGUUACUCGUUUCAAUUUGGAUAAUUAAAAGAGGAUUAUUAUUUAUUAGCAGUUAACUAUUUAUUGAAUUUAUCAUUUCAAUUAUUUUUUACCAUUCUAAUUUAUAUAACUUUUGGUUUUCAUUUGGAUAUUUUCACAAGAUAACCUUGCAGUCAAAAUGAACAGCGAGCAAUACCGGGAAUUCGGUAAACGGAUGAUCGAUUACUCGGCCAAUUAUUUGGAUACCCUAAGAUCCAGAGAAGUUUAUCCCAAUGUGAAACCGGGAUAUCUGAAAGAACUCAUUCCAGACAGUGCGCCCGUAGAUCCGGAACCCUUUGAGAAUAUUCUAGAAGAUGUGGAGAGAGUGAUCAUGCCGGGAGUGACUCAUUGGCACCAUCCAAACUUCUAUGCCUAUUUUCCCACAGGCAACUCCUACCCGUGCAUUCUGGCUGACAUACUUUCGGACACACUGGGUGUCAUAGGGUUCUCCUGGGCUUCCAGUCCCGCUUGCACUGAGCUGGAAAUUGUGAUGAUGGACUGGCUGGCCAAAGUGAUCGGACUACCAGAACAUUUCUUGUCUUCAUCUGACUCAGGGGGAGGAGGGGUGAUCCACUCGACCGCCAGUGAGGCCACUUUGUUCACAAUGUUCGUCGCCAGAGACAUCAAAGGUGGAAGCGACACCAAUGUUCGCAAGAUGGUGGCAUAUGGGUCCAAGCUAGCCCACUCAAGUGUAGAGAGGGCCUGUCUGUUAGGUGCAGUGCAGUACACUUCAGUUGCUUAUGACCAUAACUACUCCAUGCGGGGCCAUGACUUGGAGGAGUCCAUACAGAAGGACAUAGAGAAGGGACUGAUCCCAUUCUGUGUAGUGGCCACUUUGGGAACAACUUCAUGCUGCUCAUUUGAUAACCUCAAGGAAAUUGGUGAGGUGUGUCAGAAGUUCGAUCUCUGGUUACACGUGGACGCCGCCUACGCAGGUUCGGCCUUCAUCUGCGAAGAAACCAGACACCACAUGUCUGGCAUAGAACUGGCCGACUCUUUCAACUUCAACCCUCACAAAUGGUUACUGAUUCAGUUCGACUGUUCAGCUGUCUGGAUCAAAGACAAGAUCAAACUGGCUAAUGCAUUCAGAGUUGACCCGUUGUAUCUGCAACAUGAGAACCAAUCACAGGCUGUUGAUUUCCGACACUGGCAAAUACCGCUGGGCCGAAGAUUUCGCUCUCUUAAACUCUGGUUCACUUUUCGAACAUUCGGAGUCAACGCCUUUCAGAAACACAUCCGGACUUCGAUCCAGAUGGCAGACUACUUCGCCAAUUUAGUGACCAGCAACGACAACUUUGAGCUAUUUCGACCACAGUCUAUGGGACUGGUUUGCUUCCGGGCUAAAGGGAGCAACGACCAGAACAAAGAACUGCUAGCCAGAUUGAAUGGAACUAGAGAGGUCCAUUUGACGCCAUCGGAGAUUGAUGAAACUUAUUUUCUGCGACUGGCAAUUUGUAGCACCCAGACUACGUACAAAGAUCUAGACAAGGCAUUCGAGCUCAUCUUGAAGCAUUUCAAAGACUUAUGAGAGACUCCAGACAAAUAAGAAAAUGGAUAGUAUGUUUUAAAUAAGCAUGCGAUAUAGCAUGCUGGGUAUUAAAAAAAUAUUAUAAUCGCUUUUAAUAAUAAAUACAAAUGAAUCUCUCUAGGACAAGCCUGUUUGGCCCUACUGAGUUUAAGCCAGAGGUAGCUUUUGUCUUUUUUGUUUCUUUUUCUCUAAAUUAGAUUACUGUCGCACCAGAUGAGUUUAAGCCAGAGGUAGCUUUCUCAUAGAGUAAUUUCAGAUAAUGG